GUUGCCGUAGCGAUGUUUGAAAAUGGCGGCCACACCGUACGUCAAGUACGAUGACGGGGCCAUUCCCGAUGGAUUUGCAGCAAACUGCUUUCCUGUUCGAACAUUACUCAGAAAUGGCGAAGAUGUUAAUGGAGCCUGGUUGGUUGCCCAAAGGGCAGAACAGAGACGUCGCUUCAAGGCUGUCCUCUGCACAAAGCCACGUACAUAUUCCAGGAUCAAAGGGGAACGGAAAAGGGCUGAGAAACAGGGCACAGCCUUAGCCUCUCAAAGCUUCAUCAAUGAUGAGGAUGAGGAUGAAGAAGAGGCCCCAUUGCUUGAUGGAUUCUUUUUGAUGAAGUAUUGCUGUGUUGAAGACCCUGUGGAUUUGUGUUCUGUUAACAUUGCGGGAAAAGAGCUGACAGAAUAUAAGGAGGAGGACUUCCAACUCUUCGACAAUGUUGCUUAUGUCAACGCUGCAGAGAAUUAUCUCCCCUUUGAGGCUUUUCGAGGAUUUCCAAUCAUACGAGAACUUGAGGUUCCCCUGAAUGCCAUUAGGAACAUCAGGCUGAAUCCCGGAGACUAUCCCCUUCUAGAGAUGGUGGAUAUGUCCUACAAUAAUAUUUCUCACGAUGACGUCCUUGCCCUCGGCACUUUACCUGCCCUCAAAGUGCUGCAUCUGACUGGGAACAACUUCCGCUCCCUACCAACUGACAUGGCUAUCCCUUACCUAGACCCUAAUAGUAAACGACAAGUACCGCGUUUCAAGAAUUUAGAAAUUCUGAUGUUGGAUGACAACAGAUUGACUGAUGUGCGAGUGUUUGCUGCUUUAGCUGGUUUAAACAGAUUGAGACAUUUGAAUCUUGAGAAGAAUGAAAUAUUUUAUGUACCACAACUGAAAUCUGUGGAGGGGACAAUGGUAGUCAAUGAAGAUGAAAAAGCAACAGAAAAGUUACGGAAAUCUGCUCGGAAAUCUGGUAGAAAAUCGGCUCGGACCCCUCGUUCUGGAAAGCAGACAGAACGAGAACCAGAGGUGUCGGUGGUUGUUGACAAACCAGAAGGUGAAAAAACUGAAAUGUCUAAAAUGGAUACAACGCUGGCAUCCGAGUCAAUCCUGGCCCCAGCAAACACAUUGGAUAUCAGGUCAGACGUCAAGUCUAUGGACGACCCAGCAAGCAAAAAACCAGAGACAAGUAAUGUGACAGAACUCCUGGAGACAGAGUUUAGUGGAACAAUGGGUGACUUGUCUGCGAGAAUCAAAGACUUGGACUUCACAGUGUCAUCACCACACAUCAUAGACACAGCCAGAAAUGGGGCCCAAAACUCAUUCAGAGACGAGAAGGCCCCAUCAUUUCCACCCUUCCCUGAGCUACGAUACCUCAACCUCGCUAGAAACACUAUAACAGAGGAGGAGGCCUUGUUGGCGGUGGCCGCGUGGCCAAUGUUGAUGGAGCUAAUAAUCCACUCUAAUCCACUUACCACCAUGAAAAGUGGCGAUCCCCCACUCCUCUCCCGCUUCCUGCAAGACAGACUCGGAAUCAAACUCAUCCGCAAGAAACAGAAUGACAACAGCUUCAUAAAACCUAAAGUGGAAAUCACACAGAAGAAAUCACGCAAAGUGACAACUAUUGUACCAAAAAUCCCUAAGAUUCCUCUAGAGGAGCGCUUGAUGUUGGAGGCCCCUAAGCCUCCUCCAGGUCCAAAGCCUGACCAUACAAGACCAGGCCACAGUCAGGUGGUCAAUGCCCUUGACCUUCAUAAUAAGCCCCUGUCACCUAUACCGGGAACCCCAGAUUACCAAAGACCAUUUUCUGCAGGAUCGGAACCAAAAUCACAAGGAGGCAAGGAGGGAGUAAACGAGACAAAGAACGCCUGGGAGGAUGAGAGCCACCCUGUGAUUGAGGAGGAUGAAGUGAAAGAAGAUGAGAGAGGAGGCUCAGCUUUCUUCAUGACGCAGGUGGACGAACAGGAAGGGGAUACUACCCAGAAGGAUCAACCCAAGAAAGAGAAGAAGGAAAAGAAACACAGGAGGAAACACAAGGAUAAGACAAAGGAGAAGUCGGACACUCGCUAUAAAGGCUAUGAGCUCCUGCUGGAUUGCGAGGACGACCCAGACUUUAUAGAACCAAACGAUAUGCAAGGAAAUGUCCGGGCCUUGAAAUAUGCCCUAAACCAUGAGCUGGUAUAUCGUGACCCUGCUGUUCAUCUUCAUAAAGUCACCCGCCAUAUUGAACCCUACAAGAAGUGGACACUGCCUGAGCUGACCCCUCGUCGUACCAAACAGGAAGUGAUCGGUGAAACCCUGGACUUUAUCAGGAAACGCCCCACAGUGGAGGAAUCUAACCUGGGCGAGGUUCUCACUAGUCGACGUAAACCACCUAGUGACCUAGCCGACGCUCAGAAACUCCUAGGAGAGAUACAACGUCGGUACAAUUCAGUAAGAGUCAAUUCUAUGAAAGAAGCGAAGGAGGCAAGAACAUUGAUCAGUGGACUUAAGGAAGUUCAUGGCCCGAAGAAGGAUGCACAUGUCACUAUAUCAUAGUUACUGUGUGGUCACAGAUUUUACCUUCUGUAGACAAAACUGUGAAAUCAUGAACCAUGUGGUGUCUGAAAAUGCCAUGCAAUCAGUUUUCUUACUUAUAGUUUGUUGCUGUUACACAACCAUCCUAAAACCACUCUCCCAUACAUCGAUCUGGAUGAGUCCAAUAUGAUCUAUAGUGGUUAAAGGGUUAACCCAAAAAAAUUACGUUAAGUGUUGAAAAAUUUUAAACUGGACUGUUGUGAACUCGGUUACAAUGUGCUGUGACAGAGUGUUGUUUCCAAUCUUUCUUUAUAACGGUUACGAAUGCUGCUCGGUGUGUUCCAUUCACAUCAGAUGUAGAUAAAGUUACUAUCCUGUUGGGACAUAAAUGUACAACAUCCGAGCCAAAACCCUGUACCACAUUAUUAGUGGCAAGAUGAGUUCCUGAUAGUACUGGAGGAGGAGGAAUUAGUGCUAUUUAUAGGAUGUAUAAGAUAUAGUAGUCGGGGGAUAUCUCACUGGCUGUACACUAAUGUAUGGUGGUGCAAAACGCCAAAUAAUGGUGAGUUACUCUCUACAGUGGUACGGAUGGUGACUUAAUUAUCUGAACACUUUUUGUAGACUGUAUCAAUCCGUGAUUAUAAAGUUGUUAUCUCAGCCAAAUUUCAAUGCUGUUACAGGUGAUUAUUCUAAGAAGUACAUUUUUUUAUCAUAUCAUGAAAAAAGAAACCGUUCCAGUAAUUAUUGCAGUCUUCCUCUAAUAACUAGUUAUUGUGAUUUUGAAGAUCCGAAUUGUCAUAAUAUAGUAAAAAUAAUCCCAUUUGUUACAAAAGGAACAAGUAAAUGGUAUUACGCCAAAAACAGAUGUUUGAAUCGUCGCCAUCAGCAUUAUCUUGUGUGUGACUUAGAUAUGAGGUGGAUAUAUCAAACGUAACAUGGUAUGUUAAACACUUAUCGUUCAUUCAUAUAUAUAUAUACUUACUGCACACUGAAGUUGUUUUUCCUGCAGUGCAAUUUUCAAGAUUUUUAUGCGAAAUAAAUAUAUAUAUAUAUAUUAAAGCUUAGGGAAAUAAAAGUGACUGAAAGGAUGGUUGAUUGUCGAAGAUAGCUUAAUAUCAAGAAUUAGUUGGGAGAAAAAAAAGUUGUUUUUGCACACUGCUGUAUAAAUGUCCAUUUGAGACAAAAUGUGAAUUUUUUUUGUGAUAAAUGUAUUUCACGACACAGAUCGAGAGAUAUGAUAUCAGUCUUACAGGAACUGUGAUAACCUGUUUUGUAUAUAUUUCUGUUGACUUAUGUAUAUAAUGUUGUAGAUGUGUAAUGUAUUGUCAAAUAAUUCUAUCAACCUUUUGUACAGUACUAUUUUUUCACCAGAGAUCUAUGACACUAUGUUAUGUUAUUGUAACCCUAUUACAAAUACAUUGGAUUUAAAAUG